UUGUAAAGACAGACACCCGAGUACCUUUUUGUAAGAAUGAAUGUUCCUCUUUGUCUUUUUAGCUUCACUCAAUUGAUUUACCUGACUGGAUCACAGUACGUUUCCUUGGAGGACCAGCCUCAGGAGGAGGGUAUCAGCUCGGGACGCAGGACUUGCAGGCUCUACUGCAGGGUUGGGAUUGGCUUCCAUCUUCAGAUUCACCCCGAUGGUAGAGUCAACGGCAGUCAUGAACCCAAUCAGUUAAGUGUUCUGGAACUCUUUGCCAUUUCUCAAGGGGUCAUAGGCAUAAAAGGAGUCCACAGUGACAGAUUUCUGGCCAUGAAUAAAAGGGGAAGGCUACAUGCUAUUGAGCGAUUCACAGAUGACUGCAAGUUCAGGGAGAGCUUUCAGGAGAACAGCUACAACACGCUGAACCUUCACGAACAGAGUGAACGUGGCUUCACCAUCACAGACAGCAGGAGAACAGAGAGGAAGAGUUGUCCACCACCGGCCAAACCUCCCUCGUCCAACAUCUAUAAUGGCAUGCCCAAGCGUGCGCAGAAAGUCAAGUACUGGCCGAAGUUUAGAUUUGGAUAGACUGCAUGACUGGGACUCAUCCAGCGAUUUACUUUUAUAUGGUCACAUACAGACUUGUUUUGUCCUCAAAGUAGGGAUUCACCUUUGAGUGAUUAAAUUCUAGGCAUUCCCGUUAUCUGCAAAAUGUGUUCAUAUCUAAAGGGCUGUACAAUCUAACUUUGAGCUUUAAAACUGCUAUGAUGGUAGUUGGUAAACACAUUUUCGAAGGGUGUCACUUUUUGUGAACCAAGAAAUUGUGUGCACUGUUUUGUAUGGCACCAUAUUUCCUUAAUAUUGUAGUUUAGUCAUUUUGCCUGGCAUAGACGACUUCAAAUGCGAAUAAUCCAGGACUGGUGCCAUACGCACACAAUGUAAAGUGUAAUCCUGUGAAAGGAUUGAUACAUAUCAGAUCCUAAUGCCAUGUUAAAAAUAUUCAUUUUUUACCUUCCAACAUACCACAGCAUAUGGUACUUUAAUACAAUAGAAACUGAGACCAGGUUCAGGGGUAUGUCUGAUUUGUCUUAAACUGUCUAACCCUCCUUUUUUUAUACUCUUUGGUUUACAUAAGUAUUUAUAUAACAUGCCGUUCGAAUACUGGAUGACAGAAAAUACCUUCAAACAUCUCUCAAAGAAGGCAAACGUGUAUUCUUUGCAGUAUACAAAACCAAAUGUCAAAAGAGUUAAAGUUUUAGCUUCAUAUCUUAAAGUAUUUCAAUAGUAAAAUAAAUAAAGAUAAGGAAAAAACAUGAGGUCAUCAGAAAUGAUCAUCACACCAUAUGAUGCUGAAGCAGAAAAAGCAUAUUCUAUGAUCCUCUCCUCCCCUUUUCUCCUGUACUGCUCCACUCCCUGCUUUCAGACUUAGAGACACGUUCAGGAAAAGAGGAGGCACCCAGCCUUCUAUCCUCAAGGACAGCUGGAGGAUCAGGGAGAACAAGGUCCAUCAAACUGUCAUUUUAGUGGCCGGCUGUCACAGAGUCACUCCUCCCAGAGGAUAGAGAUGCCGAACCAGACUGGUGCCCUGCGCUGGAGAAGGCCCCCAGGUGUAUCAGAUGGCAGACAGCUGCGGCUGUCGAAGGGGAGUUGAGGUUCAGAUUAAACUACACCCUCAGAACUAUGUAUUGUGCCUACAUCAUCUUUGAUUUUGACUGCUUUGAGUUGGGAAAUAAUUGUUCAUAUUAUGAUUAAUGUAUAAUGUGAAUCCUCUUGUAGUUUUACAAGGUCCUUUGAUGAAUGGAUUGUUGUUAGUACAACUGUUUCAUGCACACAGUCCAUGCAAUUAAGACAGUUUAAUCAGGUUUCUUCUUUUUUUAAAUAUAUUUUCACUUUGUGUCUUCCAUGAUUCAGUUUGUCAGUUCUUUCCAUAUUACUUUAUACUAAUUGUGACAAAUUGUAAUUGUAUCAAUUGCUACUAUUUAUGAAGAUGUAUGUUUAUGAAUGAGCUAUUGCUACAUGGUAUAACUAAGCAAUGUGUAAUUUGAGUAAAUUGGCUAAAUGGUAUCCAUACACAUAUGGACAAAAUGAAAUGUCAAU